ACACCUUGACUGUCAACAAAAUCAAAAAUCUAACCCAGAUUUUCGCAAAAAAAGAAAACAUCAACAGAACCAAAAAUUAUUUUUUUUUUCAAAUGAUUUUUCGUAAAUAAAGCCAAGAUAUUUCGAGCACUUCGAAAGCGUUUAGCGCCCUCCGCCACCUCUAAACCCGAACCGGAAACCAUGGUCACGUUCAACGUGAACCAGGAUGAUUACAAAAUCAUUUCUAGUUUGGGUCAGAGUUUUGAAGGUAGGGCCGCUGUAUAUUUAGCCCAACAUAUCCCAUCCGGUUCUAUGGUUGCCAUUAAAAAAUUUAAUAUGGAUAAAAUAGGAGAAGAUAAUUAUUUAUUGGUUGAACUUGAAAUAAAGAAAACAAAAGAGUUAAGACACAAAUAUGUAUUGCCAUAUUAUGCCACAUUUGUACAUGGGCCAGAGGUAUGUGUGGUAAGCCCUUUAAUGGGGUAUGGCUCCUGCAAAGACUUAUUAAAUCAACAUUUUAAUGAUGGGUUACCUGAGCAAGCAAUUGUGAUAAUACUUAGAGAUUUAUUAGAUGCCUUAAUUUAUAUACAUAAAAAGGGAUAUAUCCAUAGGGCAAUAAAGGCUAGUCACAUACUGAUCUCAACUACAGGGAAAAUAUGUGUUACAGGAUUUAGGCACACUUGUUAUAUGGUAAGGCGAGGAAGAUGGCAAGAAAAAGUUCAUUUUUUUUCUGCUAGUGAAAGGGUAAAUUUAAAUUGGUUAAGCCCGGAGGUGUUGGAACAAAACAUGAAAGGUUAUAAUUCAAAAGCAGACAUGUACAGUGUAGGUAUGUUAUUAUGCGAACUAGGUAAUGGGGUUGAGCCAUUUGCAGGAAUGGCCCCAACCCUAAUGUUGUGUGAAAAGUUAAGAGGCUGCACGCCACAUCUCCUGGAUUGCACCACGGUUUCUCUAGACGAGAACGGUGACGGUAGUUCGGGCGACUGUGAUAUAAAUCCUAAGUUACUGGAAAGACGUUUUAGUGGUGAUUUGCAUGAAAUAGUUAACGUUUGCUUAAGUCAUGAUCCUCAACUUAGACCGUCCGCUGAAAAAUUAAUGACACAUCGUAUUUUUAAAACUAUAAAAAAAUCCCCGCCGUUAACAGAUUUACUUAAACCUGCGAUGCCUUUGAGUGAUAGAGUAGCUUUUAAUCUAGAUGAUAUUGAAACGAUGGAUGUGAUGAACAAACUGUCAAAUCUAGAUGUAAAUUCGUGUGAAUGGGAUUUUUAAAAUAAACAUUUGCUCAUUUUUUGGAAA